AGAACCACCCACGAGGACCCCUACUUUUAGAUUCUUUUUGCUCUUCUAUUUAUACAUAAUAUACCUAUUCAAGCUUGUUAUUUCUACUCUUCUUUACUCCUCCAUUGUAAAUCAACUUCUAGCUAUUCUAAUGGCAGAUGAACAAUCCAGCACAUCAGAUAAUACCUUCGUCGUCUCAGCUGAGACAACCACCGAAGAAACCUCUAAACUUGAAUUUUCAGAAGAGGAGGAAAUGCUCAUUGCUAAAAUGUUUAACUUGGUUGGGAAAAGGUGGUCAUUAAUAGCUGGAAGAAUCCCAGGAAGAACUCCUGAAGAAAUUGAGAAGUACUGCAACACGAGAUACGUAAUCCACAAGCCAGCAUCCUCCAUUAAUGAAGAAACACGAAAGCUUGAAAACAACUUACAAUGAUUGUAUUGGGAAAAAUUAAGUUCAUAUAUGGAAGUUAUUAUAAGAUGACACGUCAUGACACGUGGAUCAGUCAAAGAAGGAUAGGUGACAAAGAAUAAUCAAAGAGACACGAGCUUCAACAGGCACAUGCAGAUAUUCAAAGAGACGCUCGAAUCUCUUUAUGAUUAAAGAGAAUGAAUUUGAUAGUAAAUGAGGUUUAGAUACGUAUCAUUGGGCAUUAAAUAUGGAAAACGUUAAGGAAUCUGUAAUGAAUCAAAUAUGAUUACUAAUUGUAACGUUACAUUAAAGGCCAUUAAAUGCCAUUAAUUGUCAAUAAUGGCUCUGUUAUGGUAGAAACAAAACGUAUUACCUAGAGAUAGCUAUAAAAGGAGAAGACUGAUCAUUUGUAAGAACACGAAAUACUAUUGAAAUAUA